AUGUCUAAUCUAAGUGACUCCAAAUAUAACCUCACUCAGACAUUACUUCUGGCGGAUCGAGAUGUGAGAACAGUUUUGUCUGUGACCCCAUGUGUCGUUUUCCUCUAUGUCAACGGGGUGAUGCUAUUCACCUUACAGAAAAAGGCUGUUUUCCAGGAUUCUUCUCGCUACAUUCUGUUCGGUCACAUGCUUUGGGUGGACACGCUCAAUCUGUUCAUGAGUGUAGUGCUGUUUGUUAUUGCUGUUAGUAGGAUUUCUAUUAUGAAAGUUGUCUGUCUCAUUCUUUUGGUUGCUGCUACAGUUAUCUAUCAGGUUUCAAUCUUAAAUCUGUCUUUAAUGUCACUGGAGAGGUAUGUGGCCAUCUGCUUUCCUCUCAGGCAUGCAGAUUUCACCUCGUAUAGAAUAACUAACAUGGCCAUUGGUGUUGUCUGGAUGAUAAGUUGGUUACAGUCCCUCACUGAGAUUAUUAUUUUCUAUGCAAUUGAUACUACGAACACAGCAGUGAAUUUGUUCUGCUCAAGAACUACUCUUUUCAGACUGCAGAUAUAUAAGAAUCUUGAUAUAUCCCUUACUUGUAUAUAUUUUGUGUCUGUAUGUUUUGUUGUAAUCUUUACUUAUGCAUCCAUAGCAGCUGUGGCCAAAUCAGCCUCUGGUGAUAAGAUUUCAGCCAGAAAAGCCAAUAAGACUGUCCUAUUGCAUUUAAUACAGUUGGGUCUGGGCGCUGCAUCUAUUUUAGUCGGAGUCAUCCAAGAGGCCAUUUAUAUUUAUACCAACUAUAUGACUUCAAUUUAUGUAAUGUAUUUUUGUUUUGUGGUGUUUCAGAUUUUCCCAAGAUGUCUAAGUCCUCUUAUAUAUGGCCUGAGAGAUCAGGCUUUUAGCAGUUUGUUUAAAUACUACUUCACAUUUGGUCUCAAAAAGCAAAACACUUGUCAUUCAGAAACACGUUUAGUAGCAACACACUGA